AUGGUCUCGGUCUUGCAGCAAGAGCCAGAGCAGCAGCCGCAGCAGCAGCAACACAGCCACCACAACGACGACGACGACUCUGUUGACGACUCCGACAAUGAGGCUACAGCUUCCACCUCUCAGCACCCCCUCCACCCGUCCGCCGACAAACCAGAUAAGGUGACUACGGAAAAGAAGGUCUCUUGUCAGCCAUGUCGAGAAGCCAAGGUGAAAUGCAUUCCCUCUCCCGACCCAUCCUCGUCCGACUGCACGCGAUGCCUCAAGCUCGACCGUCCGUGCUUCUAUCGCACGCACAAGCGCGGUCGCAAACCAGGCAAAAUCAAGUUCCAACAGAUCCUCAGAAGACUCGAGCUUCUAGACAGGACGCUAACUGAGCUCAGGGAGCUCAACGACGAGGUCGGCGAUCCAGAUGCCGGCAACUUGAUCGAAACCUUGAUGUGGCAGCUGCGGCGAAGCAAGUUUUUCGACAAGAGCAACGCGAUCACUACAGAUCUGCGACAAGAUCAAGGUGCCAAAGAGGUCAAAAGAGAGCGCGAGGCAAGCACACCUUCCGUGCUGAACGCAGGGGACGGCAGCAGUGGUCGCGGCACGCCCAUUCCGCCCGUCGUUCCCAUGAGUGUGCACAAGGGUAGAUCGGAUUUUAACAUGCUGGUCGAUCUGGAAGAUCACGCCUCCGUAGCAAGGGUACCAGACGAGUUCCCCACUCUGAGCAAUCCGCUCAAGCUCCUGGCUCAAGCAAGUAGUGAGGAGAGCGAGAGGAGAGGCUUGAUUGCGAAACAUCACAGGUCGGAGGGGAGCAGUAGAAGCUCUGGUUUGAGGAUGCAGGUGAGUCUGGAAGAGGGAAAUGGGGACAAGGACGAUGAGGACGGACACGCAAAGGUAGCAAGCGGUUCGAGCAGUCAGGCCCAGAACGAGGAGGCGAGCGAUCAGCUCAGAAGCGAUACGGCGAGGAAAAGACGUCGCUCGAAAUCCCCCGCUUCGAAUGCCGACGCCUCGAGCUCUCGACCCCCUCAGCAGACCGUCUCGAGGGGCAACACCACCGCAACGUCCUGGGCCUCGACGUACUUCUCCCGUGGCGCCUUCCAUCCCGUCUAUGACAAUACCCCCGAGCACGACCCAAUCGACUUGCAUCUUCUCUCGCUCGCCCAAGCUACUCGCCUGGUCUCGACAUUCUACGCCUCGUUCGGCACCUUUAUGCACAUCUUCGACCCGGAUCUCUCGACCAUUACGUACAUCCGCAAGCACUCUGCCUUUCUGCUGACCGUCAUCUGCGCGCUCUCUGCCGAGUUCGAGUCCUCCCCCGACCCCGCAGUCCAGACGGAUUCGGCCUCGCUGGCGCUGACACUGCGCAAACACUACGAGGGCAUGAUCACCUGGCUCACCGCUUCCGACUACAAAAACGUCGAGAUGGCGCAGGCCUUUUUCCUGUUGGCGUCGUAUCGGCCAAUGUCGGACAGCGCUAUGUCCGACCAGACCUGGCUGUUCCUCGGCACCGCCAUCCGCAUCGCCACCGAGCUCGGAUGCAACCUGACUUGCUACUCGUACUCCACCUCGUCAUCUUCGCUACCACCGGGCGCCGCAAGGGACCAUUACCAGCGCCAGCUGCGCAAUACGGAACGGCUGUGGAUCAACCUAUGGAACCUCGAAAAGACGCUGGCGAGCCAGACGGGUCAACGUAUGCAUCUGGCGGACGAGGGCGUGGUGGCACACUGUUCGCGAUGGCAUCGCAUGGACUGUGCGCUGAGGCAGGACGAAGUGUUAGUGGCUCAAGUCGAGCUGCGGCGGGUGAUGAUUGACAAGUCGGAUCACUUCAACACGCACGUGCUGCGAAGUCUGGGUGCAAGACGCCGGCUUGGCGACAAUAUCUCGGACACAACGCACCAAGCCGAAGGCGACGACGCCCAAGACGUCCUCAGCACCGCCGAAAGGGACCAGCUCUCGCUCCAACUCAGCUACUUCCGCAACGCGGUCUCGAUGGAUCUCAAACGGUGGGAGGAGCGAUGGCUCUCGUCCUCGAUGGCAAGCUCGACCCCAACACCGCUCCAGAUCACCGGCCCCCUCUGGCUCGACUACGCCGCCCUCGUCACUUACGCCCUCCCCUUGCCCAUCAGCUACAACGUCGACGUCACGCCCGAACUCACCCAUCUCUACCGCCACUGCUACAUCAGCUGCACCAACUACAUGGCCACGUUUAUCGACCGGUCCCAGCGUGGGCUCAUGGAUCACAUCACCAAUUCGACGAUCGUGUCCACCGUUUAUGCGGUGGUAUUCGCGCUGGAUCUGGCGAGGAAGGCUAUCCGCCAAAGGGACGGACCGAACUCGGGUGUGGACUUUGGUUUUGUCAGCGCGAAACGCGUGGUGAACCUGGCAAGGAUGACGGCGAAGGAGCUGGACGCGAUCGGCGCAUCCAAGAGCGGAAGGAGAGGUCGGAGCAUCGCUAGCAAGUACAGCGUGUUUCUGCGAGGGGUGCUGGCCCGGUUCGAGCCGGAGGACGACGGAGAGGAGGUGGAGGGCGAGACAGAGAGGGCUGCUGUUGGGCGUGGAUUCAGCGCUCAAAACCCGAAGAGCGAUCCGACCAUCAAUGCUCACCCUACAUCCUCGGCUACCGACACGAUGGAUGGUCAAGAUCGCCAUCUGAGGCGGGACCACAACCAUCCGCUUCCACAUCGUCCGCACGGUGGACCCGGCUCGUCUGUGCCGCAUGCCAAUCUGGCGACGGCGACAGGCAAACAAGGGACCAGAGCCUCGCACUUUUACUCGUCGAACCUGAUGUUUUCGCCGCAGCCCUCGCACCCUGCCGCACCCCACGGGUCACUUCCGACCUCGGGCGGCUUGGGAGGCUGGUCGGCCCCCGCUCCGUCGCCCGCCAAUCCGCACCAUCCAUCCUCCGAGUCUGUGGGCCGGUUUGUGCCCCCGCACCACCACCAUCCCGCUGAACCUUCGCAGAACUGGCAGAGCGCAGCAGGACCAGCAGCGCUUAACAGCCCAGCAACGUGGUUCGCGCACCAACUUCCUGGCGCGCUCGAAGACCCGAGCUGGGAAUGGAUGAUGAAGGAUCUGGAUUUCUUCAGUGUGGAUGGAGGUGGAGGUGGCGGCGAGCCCAUCUUGGAUCAGAUGGGACGGCUCUUUGGUUGA